AUGGAUAAUUUUGUCGGGUCACAAUUUGAAAAACAAGACGCUCAAAGUGAAUUGAAGAUGGUUUCCAACGGAUUCAGCGGUGCUACUUCUACAGCGACAGAUGACUGGACUAUUGAUCCGGAACUAUUCGCGUUCACACCAAGGAGGCUCCGGGUUGUCUGCAUUGGUGCUGGCUUUGCCGGUCUGACUUUGGCCUAUAAACUGAAACAUGAACGACCAUUGGAUUUUGUGGACUUUACCAUUUACGAGAGGAAUUCAGAGGUCGGAGGCACUUGGUUGAAGAAUGUAUAUCCUGGUGUUGGAUGUGAUAUUCCAUCUCAUAGCUAUGUAUUCUCCUUUGAGCCAAAUCCAACGUGGUCGAAGUUCUAUGUUAGCGGGGCAGAGAUCCAGCAGUAUAUACUUAACACCACGGAGAAGUAUGGACUAAAAGACAAAAUAAUAUUCGAUAGACACCUCGUGGAGUCUAUUUGGGAUGAAGAACAAGGAAAGUGGGAGCUCAGAUUGGAGUCCAAGGAGGGUGUCAUUCAAGAUAAGGCCGACAUCCUGAUUAACGCAGGCGGCAUUCUCCACCAGUGGAAGUGGCCUGAACUCGAAGGGCUCGAGUCCUUUAAAGGCAAGCUCAUUCACAGCGCUCGAUGGGAUUCAGCGUACGAUUGGACUGGAAAGAAGGUUGCCGUCAUUGGUAAUGGGUCGUCGGGGAUUCAAAUAGUACCAGCAGUGCAACCAAAGGCUGCAAAGCUGGUUAACUAUAUACGACAUGCGACUUGGAUUGCAGCGAAUAUUUGCGGUCAUUUGACUAAGGAUGGAAGCAACUUUGAAUUUACAGAAGAAGAAAAGCAGCGAUUCCUGGAAAAUCCAGAGGAAUUCUCUCAAUACCGAAAAAGAAUCGAAUCAGAGGUCAAUAGCGUGUUUAGGAUGAUGAUUUCCGGAUCUAAGGAGAAUAAAUUCAUGUUCGACCUGUGUGAUAAAUUAAUGAGAGAUCGACUGGCAAAGAACCCCGAAUUGAUAGAGAAGCUCAUUCCGAACUACGAGAUUGGAUGCCGUCGAAUCAGUCCUGGUGAUGGGUACUUGGAAGCCCUGCAGGCUGAGAAUGCUAAGUGCUGUUUCAGUGAUAUCAAGCGCAUUACAGAGAAAGGCAUUGAGACGGAUGAAGGCGAGGAAGAAUUUGACCUGAUAGUGUGCGCGACUGGAUUCAACACAAGGUUUAUUCCCUCGUGGAAGCUUGUUGGUCGCGAUGGUCGACGUCUGGAUAUUGCUUGGAAAGAUAAGCCAGAAGCAUAUCUUUCCGUUUGUGCCCCAGGGAUUCCUAAUUAUUUUAUGUUUGCGGGACCCAACUUUCCCGUGGGCCAUGGCUCUAUACCUCCAGCCUUCGGAUGGAGUGCCGAUUACAUGCUGGAUUGGACGACGAAGAUAGCAACCGAGGAUAUCAAGUCCGUUGUGGUGAAAGAUUCUGUUGUGCGUGACUACAAUCGCUAUGCCCAAGAGAACCUUAAGCGAAUGGUCUGGUCCAAGGGCUGCCAUGCCUGGUACAAGAGCGCGAAAGGAGACAACAGAGUAGUCACUGCCAUGUAUCCAGGUAGUGUGAUGCAUUAUAAAUCUGCACUCGAAAUCAUACGUGGGGAGCAUUUCGAUAUCGGAUACAACACGUCCAACCAAUUCCGAUUUAUGGGCAACGGCCAACUGGCUUGGGAGAUGGAAGAGGGAGCGGAUUUUGCACCGUAUGUGAAGUAG